AUGGAUAGAGCCAACGUAAUAGAGCAUUUUCUUUUAUCUCGCUGUUCACGGUUUAAUGACAGCGGACAAAUUUUACAAUUUUUAGAGCAGAGAUACUCUUACACGGGACCGCAAAAAAAUUAUCUUGUUUUGGAGCCAACCGAUGGUAGUCAAUAUCAAGAAGAGACCAAACAACAGGAGAAAAAAGACGCUGAAGAAGGGAACAAAUUUCUUUUAGAUAAAAAUUCUUUGGCUUCUGCCACCAGAAAAGACAACAAAUACAGCUCUAUCAAAACAAAAAAUGAGUUUAAGAACUUUACUCGAAAUUCCUUGAGAUUGCAAGAGAAAAUUGCAAAGAAGCUUCAUAAGUUGAGCAAGAAGAAUCCUGGAUUAUUAACGAAAGAUGUGAUUGAUCUGAAAAUAUGCCAGGGAAUCUUAAGAUUUGAAGAUUUUAUAGAAAUGCACGCUCUAUGGAACAAUUACAUUAAAGAAUUACUACAAAACUGUAAGACUGUUGAUGUGAUCACCGCUAAGUUAUCAAGUGCAGAGUUUGUUGGUGCAUACUUCAAGGUCACGCAUUGCACUUGUCCUGACAAUAUUGGGCUGGAAGGCAUUGUCUUAUGGGAGUCGCAGACUUAUAUACUUAUGAUUAUUCCGCGAAGAAACAAUUGGAAAGAUAACAUCAUCAAACAAAAUAUACAGAUUCCUUACUCUGCCAAAGAAUGUAUUGGAGGAUUGAGAAUGAUAUCAAAGAAAAAAACACGCUUUACCUUCAAUAUAGAGGUAGAUGAAGACUCUGUUAUUGACUUCGAGUUUCUUGGUGACAGGAUGUCCAUUAGAAGUUUGGAUAGAGCUAACAAGAAAUUCAAAAGUCAUAAUGUAAAAGACAUUCAGUUGUAA